AUAUUGAAAAAAAAAUUUUUGCGAGCGCACUCUUGUGUUUAUAAUACGGGAAUUAUUGCUAUUAUAUUCAUUCAUCAUCAGUAUAAUUUUUAAAAACAAUUAUUUCUGUUUUUGAUUUGCCACAUUUUCAUCUUCGACUCAGGAAAUUUUAUCCCGAAAAAAACACUAAAAAUCUGUUUGGUUAUUCUGUAUCGCGUGCGAAAUAGCUAUAUUUUGAAAGCCUUUUCUAAUUGUUUGCAUGUAAUUAACUUGGAGAAAUAAAACAAUUUUUAAAAGAUUGGUAAUUAAUAUAAAAAACAAAAUGACUGAUGCUGUUGUUGCCAAUGAAACGGAUUCCAUUUCCGACAUUCAAGAUUAUCUUCAAACCUUUAAUAAAGAAGUUGAUGAUGGUGAACAGAAUACGGCGACAACAGCUGCAGCUGUUGCUGAUGCUGCUGAUCAAUCGAAUUCAACAAAUCAAGUGAUUUAUACAAUUGAUGGCAAAGAGCUCGCCGGCAAUAUUGUUUUAGCUGGUCAAGAUGGUCAAUCGGAACAAUCCGGUAAUUUUCAAACAUUUAUGGUCAUGAAUGAUCAACAAUAUAUGCUGAUCAUGGAAGAUGAAUCGGGUGCUGGCGGUGAACAACAAGCGUUGGUUGUCACUGCUGAUAAUGAUGAACAGCAACCAACGAAUGGCCCAACUGAAACGGCUUCUUCAAAUCAACGACAAGAAUUGACAACAAAUGUGGCGGAAACGCCAGCUAAACGUACACGUGGAAUGUUUCGCAAAAGUCAGCGUAUCAAAGAAGAAUUAAUGGAUGAUGAUAGUCAUAAUGAUAUCUCUGUAUAUGAUUUUAAUGAUCAACCUAAUCGAAAUGCUGCAUCACAUGGAGCAUCAGCUGGCAGUUCAUCAAAAAAUCAAACGACAGCAGAUGACGAUGAUCCGGAUUUUAAAACUCCAUCGAAACGUGGAAGACCGGUAAAAUCAUCCGAAUCAUCACGAAAAGCAAAAUCAGGUUCCGGCUCAUUAGUGUUGAAUACGACCAGUGGAAGCAGCAGUUCUAAUGUUCAUGUUUGCACCUAUUGUACUUACACCAGUACAAAACGUUAUCUUUUAUCACGUCAUUUAAAAUCACAUAGUGAAGAUCGACCACAUAAAUGUGGCAUUUGUGAACGUGGUUUUAAGACAUUGGCUUCAUUACAGAAUCAUGUCAAUACUCAUACUGGUGUUCGUCCUCAUCAAUGUAAAUUUUGCGAUGCUGCAUUCACUACUUCAGGUGAAUUGGUCCGUCAUAUUCGUUAUCGUCAUACACAUGAAAAGCCUCAUCGUUGUAGUGAAUGCGAUUAUGCAUCAGUCGAAUUGUCCAAGUUAAAACGUCAUAUGCGUUGCCACACAGGGGAAAGACCAUAUCAAUGUCCACAUUGCACAUAUGCAUCGCCGGACACCUAUAAAUUGAAACGUCAUCUUCGUAUCCAUACAGGCGAAAAACCAUAUUUAUGUGAUGUAUGCCAUCAGAGAUUUACUCAAAGUAAUUCAUUGAAAGCACAUAAAUUGAUACAUACCGGAAAUAAGCCGAUAUUUAAAUGCGAAUUUUGUCCAACCACUUGUGGACGAAAGACCGAUUUACGUAUUCAUGUUCAAAAACUUCACACAAGUGAUAAAAUGUUAACCUGUAAACGAUGCGAUCAAUCAUUCCCGGAUCGUUAUCAAUUUAAAUUGCAUCUAAAAACUCAUGAAGGUGAAAAAUGUUUCAAAUGCGAUCUUUGUAGUUAUGCAUCCGUGUCUGCACGUCAUCUUGAGUCGCACAUGUUGAUUCAUACAGACCAAAAACCUUAUAUCUGUGAGGUUUGCCAAACGUCCUUCAGGCAAAAACAAUUAUUGAAGCGGCAUAAAAAUCUUUAUCAUAAUCCAAGCUAUGUGCCGCCGGUGCCGAAAGAAAAGACACAUGAAUGUGCACAAUGUUCUAAAGCUUUCCGUCAUAAAGGAAAUCUUAUUCGUCAUAUGAGCCUUCAUGAUCCUGAUGCUAAAAAUAAUUUGGCUAAAGAUUCUGAUAUGAUGGGCAACUCGCAGCUAAUCGAUGAUGAAUAUUAUGAAGAUGAAGAUGAUUAUGAAUUAGGUGAUGAUCCGACCCAAGUUUCAAUUGUAACAACUGAUACAAGUGGUGCCAUCUUAGAUUCAUCAGCUGCCACUGAUGGCUCAAUACAAAUUACAUUAGAUCAACAGCUUAUCGAUUCCAGUAAUGAUCAAGUUAUGCUGUUGUUGGUAUCACAAGAAUCUGGCGAUACAUCUAAUGGACAAUCAACAGCGGAUACUGCUACGACAGCAACUGUAACGGCAACAGCUUCGACACCACGAAUUAUUUCACGUUCAGCUCGUGUAACCAGAAGUUCGGCUAAAGCGAAUGAUGUUCAAGUUGUCUAUGAAGAUUCAAAAUCUAUGCUGAAUAGUGAUAAUUCAGCUAAUUCGGAACCGACAUCACAAAUAUCAUUCGAUAAUGAUACAAUAAACUAUGAAGAACAAUUGCAGAAACAAAAAGAUCUCGAAGCUUGUUUCGGUUUCAAGGAUGAAGACGAUGAAGAUGAAAUCAUUUUGUCGAUGCCUGCUGUUCAUGGACAGUAACCGAAAUUCUUUUCUCUGGAAAGUAA